AUGGCAUUGCCAACUUCAGCCUCUUCAGUCCGAAUUGUCGAAGUCGGGCCGCGUGACGGACUUCAAAAUGUGAAGAAACGGAUUCCGACCGCCACGAAAAUCGAGCUCAUUACAAAGCUACUUGCAGCUGGUCUUCAAACUGUUGAAGUCACGUCCGUCGUCAGCCCAAGAGCUGUUCCACAACUGGCAGAUUGCGAGUCGGUGUUGGUGGAUACACAGGUCCAACGAUUGCUUCAGGACCCUCAAAGAAGAGCCCCUGUUCUGAUUCCGAACUUAAAGGGUCUGGAUAUUGCGCUGAAACACGGCGUCAAAGAAGUCGCCGUCUUUGUUAGCGCGUCAGAGGGCUUCAGUCAAGCCAACAUCAAGUGCAGCGUGCAACAGGGGCUCGAUAACAGCCGCCAUGUUGCUGAAAGGGCUCGGUCUCAGGGCAUAGCUGUGCGCGGUUAUGUGUCCUGCGUCAUUUCAUGUCCCUUCGACGGACCAACGCCACACCAGGCUGUUCUAGGAUGCGUCAGACAAUUAUUAGACAUGGGCUGCUAUGAAAUUAGCCUAGGGGAUACUAUUGGCGUUGGGACACCUAAACAAGUGCGAAACCUCAUCUUUUUCUUAGUUGAAGCGGGGAUUCCCCUGGCAAACCUCGCUGGACACUUCCAUGACACUUAUGGCCAGGCCAUGGCAAAUGUGUGGGCUGCAUACGACUGCGGUUUGCGAGUGUUUGACAGCAGUGUAGCCGGUCUUGGAGGUUGUCCGUAUGCCCCUGGUGCAAAAGGCAAUCUGGCCACAGAAGACCUGGUAUACUCGCUAGAGAUGUCGGGAAUACAUACUGGUGUAGACCUGGAGCAACUCGUCAACAUUGGCAACUGGAUAUCGCAACAGCUCUCAGCUCCGAACUCAAGCCGUGCUGGUGUUGCCUUGCGAGCAGCGAGUAGCAGAACCAAGUCUCGCGAGAUUCCACCGAGCACGAACUUGAGAUGGACUCAGCAAGAUGCCGGUGAAGGCAUUCAGGUCUUCCGAAGCGGAACAAAUCUCAAGCUUGUUCUGAACCGUCCUCGAAACGGCAACGCUCUUACAGCCAGCAUGAUAUCACAACUGACCGACAUCUUUGAAACAGCGCGACUAGAUCAAACUAUUACAAGAAUUGCUCUCGCUGCUCAGGGCAAAUACUUUUGCACGGGGAUGGACCUCGGACGAGGCAGUUCGCCCGUCGCCAAAGGUGGUUCCACUUCGGAUGCGCAGUUUACUCGUUUGACACGACUCUUUGAAGCCAUUGACAAUGCACCACAAGUCACUAUUGCCCUCGUUCAGGGUCCGGCGUUUGGGGGUGGUGUUGGGCUUGCUUUUGCGUGUGAUAUUCGUCUUAUGACCAGCACGGCUAGCAUUAGACUAACCGAAGUGCGACUUGGACUUGCGCCAGCGACGAUAUCGAAGUAUGUGACUCGAGAGCUUGGUGUUUCAUUUACUCGCGAAGCCAUGCUAUCUGCGCGCACUAUAUCCUCGCAGGAACUUUUGAGAUUAGGCAAAGUUGCCGCCGUUAUUGAGCCAGGCGAAGAGGCACAACAGGCCCUUGACACUUACAUGAUUCGCCUGAAGCAAUGUGCGCCCCGUUCGUCAACAUUGACGAAGAAGUUGGUUCGGCUAAGUUGGGAAGAUGGCGAGGGCGGCAACAAACAGGCUGACGGUAUUCGCCAAGUAUUUGACGAGAUGAUGAUGCCAGACAGUGAGGCAGCCCACGGCCUCGAGCAGUUCCAGUCCGGUGUAAAGGAAAUAGAUUGGGAUAGCUAUACUCUGACAAAGGCACAGAAGAAAUCUCGAUUGUAG